UGCAGCUUUUCUGGUCACUAUAAAUUUCCGUGCCUUCACUCAAAAUAAAAUGAUAUGAACUAUUCUAAUUUCAAUUUCUUCAUAAUGCAUUGUGUAUUAUAUUUAUUGCAUGAACAGACAAAAAUGACAGCAUAGUACUAAGUUUGUACAUUUUAUGGACACAGAAGGCUUCAAAGCAUCCAGGAACAAUGCUGUGAAAGAAGAGAAAAGCGGCUCUCAUCACUCCAGACAUAAUGAAAGAGCACUGCUUUGUAAGCACAGAAAUCAGACCAACAGAAAAGAAACCACUCCACCUGCUGCCAGGAAACUGUAAAAUGAAGAGCUUCUCUGUCAUGUUGUGCAGCCAUGUGUCUGUCUGCUUCCUGUAUAUAAAGUCUGUCACAUAUACAGUAUAAGCAAUGUGUUGGUUACCUGCUUCACACUGAGGUUUGAACUUUAAACAGAGUUUAAAGGCUUCUCAUCUGAGCCUGCAGCUACAGCGUCUGAUACUCAUUUCUAAAGAAGUGAUAAAGAAGAUGGACGCUGAUGUGGAGGCGAGCAGUGAAAUAGAUGAAAUCCUCCAGCAGAUCAUGGAAUUGGAUAAAUGGAGAGAGAUAUUUAACUCCCGCGGGUCGGAAUUACCACAGGGCUAUCUUGAAAGACCUAGUGAGAAGAUCAAAUCUGAAGAGGACAGUGAGGACUCUUCUAGGCCGGCCACCUCGGCCCAUCACGUCAGCGCACAGAACGAGCAGUUUACAGCACCCUACUCCAUUCCUCAAACCCUCACAGUGUCUCUGAGUCUGGGUGGGCAACCGCUGUCACCAGAGCUGGCGGUGAGUCUAAGAAAUAUUUUGUUUGGAAACACCUUCUAUGUAUUCAACUAUGAGUGGAAGAAAUCAUUCUUCAAGUUUCAGGAGCCUUUCUCUGAAAUGGCAUAUGCUCUGGAGACUGAGAGGCUGGGAGGAGCGUGUGCUAUUCAGAUGGUGGUUCAGGCUCAUAUUAUUAAAUAUUUGCUCUUCGACCAGUCAGUAAACUCAUGCACAAUGCAAAGUAUGGUGACAGUAGGGGAGAACGAGCAGAGGAAGGCCCUGGCAGCCGCUCUAUCUGACAUCUUGUGGACAGCUGGUGAGGAGCAGACUGCUACCGUCUGCUUGGUCACGUCAGAGCGCUGUUUUACCCCCCACAUGGACUACAAACUGGACAGCUUCACAGAGAGGUUGCAGAUUUUCACCUUUAAAGAGAAAGAAGAUGUUAGAUCAUUUAUAUGGGAGCACAUCCAAUGUUUUAAGGAAGAAGGAAGCCAUGGCAUCAUACUUUUUCUGUACAGUCUUAUCUUCUCCAGGACUAUUGACAGGAUACGGGCAGAUUUUGAUUGUACCUCCACUCAUCUUUUGCAUUUGAGCUUGGGGAACUUUGUUUGUCGACAGGCUUUAUUAAACCUGUUGCUGACCGGCCACGCUACUCCUCAAGUCUUCAAUGGUACAUCACUGAACGAUGAGCAACACAAAGCUCUCCACGGGGUUCUGACACGCAGUCAUGUCGGAUAUCUGCUCUGGAACAGAGAACAAUUCAACCAUGCACAGCUUCCCCUGGUGGGCAGCAUGCUGAAAACACCCAGGCUGCCUAUCUGGGUGUGCAACAUCAAUAGCACCUACAGUGUUUUAUUCAGCCCAAACCGUUCACUGCUCUCUGACUGGAAAAUGGAGCAUCUUUUCCAGCUUUACUUCUACAAUGGCUAUCCAACUCAGCUCAGCACAACAAUGCUCACCAUAGAUACACACUCCCAUCACUGGGAGGCUGAACAUAAUGAUAUUCAAGAAGACCCUGAAAAAAAGUUUCCAUCUGUAGAGAUGACCAUUAGGACCAAGUGGGAGGGAGCGGUUAUUGACUGGAAUGGAACAGUGCCUUUUUUCUGAAGAGAUUUGAAGCAGGGUCACCUGAUUUGUAGC